AUGGCCUCCGGGCCCAAUAGAACUAAUCGAUACAGAGAUCUCGAUGUAGAACCUGUCUUCGAUCCGCAUCCAUUAAAAAAACAAAAAACCAAUCCCACAUCUCUCCUUAAUUUCCCCACCCUACCGAAUAAAACCAAUCUCAAUAACCCUAAAUUUAUAAUUAUUGCUCCCAAAAAUAAAGACAGUCCAAUCACUAAUCUCAGCCCCUUCUUACUUAAAAAAGCAAUUGAUAAUAUAAGCACCGAAUAUGAUCAAAUUUCUCAACUCCGGGAUGGCAACUUAUUGAUUAGAACCAAAUCUCAAAAAAUUGCUGAGAAAUUUAUCAAGAUUAACAAUUUGGCUAAUAUGUGCCCGGUUGAAAUCAAAUUGCACGAUCGCUUGAACGAAUGCAAAGGAAUCGCUUAUGCCCCCUGCCUUAUUAAUGUUCCCGAAACAGAGAUAGUCACAGAAAUGAAAGCGCAAGGCGUCACCAGUGUCUAUAAAUUCAUUAAACCUGACGAAAAGGUUAAAUUAAGACCGACUGGCCUGAUGUUAUUUACUUUCGAUCUCUUCCGACCUCCCAAAACAAUCGAAAUUGGAUUUUAUAAUGCUAGAGUCUCGGAAUAUGUUCCAAAUCCCAUGCGGUGUCGUAAUUGCCAACUUCUUGGUCACACUACCAAACGUUGCAACGGCAACACCAAAUGCGAAACAUGUAAUUUGCCCCUUCACACUCCAGACGAUUGCAUCCGCACCAUGUGCGCAAAUUGUUCCUUACCACACCCUUCAUCAUCCAAAGAUUGUCCUAGCUAUAAACAAGCCAAAGAAAUCCUCGCAAUUCAAACAAUGAAUAAAUGUUCUGCUGGAGAAGCAAAGCGAAUUUAUAAAGAACGUAAUCCACUCCCGCCACCAACUUCCCUUGGCUCUUUUUCAGAAUCACUCAGGCAAAAUAUUCCAACGCAAAUAAUUGAUUCAAUCCAAUCAUCUGGACCCAAAGUGCCUACCUCGAUCCCCACUCCUAAUCCAAUUAAUGAAUCAUCAUCCAAAUCCAACACAACGAACUCAUUAGCAAGUAAAUCAACUCAAAUAAAAUCUAAAGAAACCAAAAACAAUAAUUCAUUACAUAAACCUCUCGUACUAACAAACUCAAACACAGAACAAACAACUAAGUCGGACUCAAAAAGCUCUUCAUCUAACUCAAACUUAAACACAAACACUCAAACACAUCUACCCAAUACUAACUCAAACAAUCAAAUACAUGCACCCUUCUCAAACCUAAAAACAAACAAUCAAACACAACCAUCCCACUCAAACCCCAUCAACUACAUUACAACACACAAAAAAGUACCUCUAUCAGAUGAUAGUAAACCACUCAUUCAAAAUGAGAAUGACACUCAUACCGACAUAAUUCAAGAUGUCGAUAUGUAA